AUGUUGAAGAGGAAGAAAGUCGUUUUUGUGCAGCCAUGCCCUGAGGUGGUGGAAGAUCAGGAGAGAGACCAGGGCAAGUGGACGCUCCUCCGCAACGUCAACCAGGCCCUGAAGCCCACAACCAUUUUAGCGGGGGAUUAUGUGUGGAUGGACCUCAAAACCGGACGGGAAUUCGAUGUCCCCAUUGGAGCGGUGGUUAAACUGUGUGACUCUGGACAGAUCCAGGUUGUGGAUGAUGAAGGCAAUGAGCACUGGAUUUCCCCGCAGAACGCCAGCCACAUCAAACCCAUGCAUCCCACCUCCAUCCAUGGAGUGGAGGACAUGAUCCGCCUGGGGGAUCUGAACGAAGCGGGAAUCCUCCGGAACCUGCUGAUCCGCUAUCGGGAGCAUCUCAUCUAUACAUACACCGGUUCCAUACUGGUGGCAGUAAACCCCUACCAGCUCCUACCCAUUUACUCACCUGAGCAGAUACGCCUGUACACCAACAAAAAGAUCGGGGAGAUGCCACCACACAUCUUCGCAAUCGCUGACAACUGCUACUUCAACAUGCAACGCAACAACAAGGACCAGUGCUGUAUCAUAAGCGGUGAAUCCGGAGCAGGGAAGACAGAAAGCACAAAACUGAUUCUGCAGUUCCUGGCGGCGAUCAGCGGUCAGCACUCCUGGAUUGAGCAACAGGUCCUGGAGGCAAAUCCCAUUUUGGAAGCUUUCGGGAAUGCAAAGACCAUCCGUAACGACAACUCCAGCCGGUUCGGGAAAUACAUCGACAUCCACUUCAACAAAAGGGGGGCCAUUGAGGGAGCGAAGAUCGAGCAGUAUCUGCUGGAGAAGUCCCGGGUCUGCAGGCAGGCCCAGGACGAGAGGAAUUACCACGUGUUUUACUGCAUGCUGAGAGGAAUGACGAUGGAGCAGAAGAAGAAGCUGGGUCUUGGGAAAGCCACAGAUUACAAUUACCUUGCGAUGGGUAACUGCACAACCUGCGAUGGCAGAGAUGACAGCAAGGAGUACGCCAACAUCCGCUCCGCCAUGAAGGUCCUGAUGUUCACCGACACAGAGAACUGGGAGAUCUCCAAGCUACUGGCUGCCAUCCUGCACAUGGGGAACCUGCAAUAUGAAGCUCGGACCUACGACAACCUGGAUGCCUGCGAGGUUGUUCAGUCAGCAUCGCUAAUCACUGCAGCAUCGCUGCUGGAGGUUGACCCUCAGGAUGUGAUGAACUGCCUUACCAGCCGGACUAUCAUCACCAGGGGUGAGACUGUCUCCACCCCUCUCAGCAUGGAACAAGCGCUGGACGUGAGGGAUGCUUUUGUAAAGGGAAUUUAUGGGAGGCUUUUCGUGUGGAUCGUGGAGAAGAUCAACGCUGCAAUUUACAGACCUCCUUCCCAGGAACUCAAGAGUGUCAGGAGAUCCAUCGGACUCCUUGACAUCUUUGGCUUUGAGAACUUCACUGUGAACAGUUUUGAGCAGCUUUGCAUUAACUUUGCGAAUGAGAACCUGCAGCAGUUCUUCGUGCGCCACGUCUUCAAAUUAGAGCAGGAGGAGUACAACCUGGAGAACAUCAACUGGCAGCACAUCGAGUUCACUGAUAACCAGGAUGCCUUGGACAUGAUUGCCAUCAAACCCAUGAAUAUAAUCUCCCUCAUUGAUGAGGAGAGCAAGUUCCCCAAGGGUACAGAUGCCACCAUGUUACACAAGCUGAACUCCCAGCACAAGCUUAACACCAACUACAUUCCUCCAAAGAAUAACUAUGAAACCCAGUUUGGCAUUAACCACUUUGCUGGAAUUGUUUACUACGAAACAAAAGGAUUCUUGGAGAAAAACAGGGACACGCUGCACGGAGACAUCAUUCAGCUGGUGCAUUCCUCAAAAAACAAAUUCAUCAAGCAGAUCUUCCAAGCGGACGUGGCAAUGGGAGCGGAGACGAGGAAGCGCUCACCGACGCUCAGCAGCCAGUUCAAGCGGUCGCUGGAGCUGUUGAUGAGGACUCUCAGCGUGUGCCAGCCCUUUUUUGUCCGCUGCAUCAAGCCCAAUGAGUACAAGAAGCCCAUG